AUGUCAAAUUCAUCUAGUAUGCAAUUCUGCUACCUCUACAUCCAGAUGCAAUUGUGUUCACCACACAGCCUGCGUGACUGGCUUAUGGAGAACAAUAAUAUCCAGCUACGACCUGCUAGGCCUGUGCUCUAUGCCAUGUUCACUCAAAUCGUAGAUGCUGUGGCCUAUCUUCAUGCAAACGGGCUGAUGCAUCGUGAUUUGAAGCCCUCUAACAUCCUUUUUGACGCACAGCGACGCCUUAAACUUGCCGAUUUCGGUUUAGCCACCUCUCUUUUCGAGGAGGAACAGGUUCAGACAUCUAUGGAAGUUGAGAAUUGCGGUCCUGAAGAUGCCGUCAAUAAUGGACCCGAGCUUCAUCUUUACUCGACACAUACUGCCUCCAGUGAUACAGAGUCAAUUGACUGUCUAUCCGCAGUUUCUACUCCAUGUGCAGACUCAACGUCUACCACUUGCAGUGGAGGCAUGAUU